AUGGAUCUAGUUUCUGUUUCAAAAUUGAAGAGCGGGCCCGGAAAAGGAAAGAGAUUGAGGAGAAAGUGCAUGCCAAAGAGGAAGAAACACAUCAUCUCCAAGCAAGAACCCAGGAAAAGAAAUGCUGAUUGUUCAUUUGAUUUACGUUGUGCUAUGUGCAAGAAAAGAAAGAAGCAGAGAUCAAAAAGCUAUGGAGAAAUCUCAAUUUCAAAGCAAAUCCCAUGCCCGCCUUCUACUGUGAGCCUGACCACCGCUCAGAAAAAACCAAGGUUUCUUGGGGUUCAAAAGCUAAUGUACUUAAUCAACAUAAAAGUUCUUUAUGAAGCUAGAGGAGAAAGUGCAUACCAAAGAGGAAGAAACACGUCAGCUCCAAGCGAGAAAACAGGAAAGAAAGAAGCAGAGAUCAAACAGCUACGGAGAAAUCUCAAUUUCAAAGCAACUCCCAUGCCUGCCUUUUACCGUGAACCUGGCCGCUGCUCAGAAAUAAACAAGGAUGGACAGAGCUGGGAGGAGGCAGGAGCAAGAGCUGCAGUCAGAGGCGAUGAAGGGUUGACAGAAAGAGAAAUUCUAGAUGUUCUGAGGGCAAAAACUGAUAUUUUCUGUGUUGAAACUAGGAGCUAGCAAGUAAAACUAAAUCACAAAGUAGGCCUUCGACUGCAGCAGGGGCUAGAGUUACUAGUGCAACUGAGAACACUGUUCGUUGUUUAAGGGCAUAAGUUUAUAACAGAUGUUCCACUAAUGAACGUCUAAAUGUGACCGAUUCACCACAGGUAUUAGAAGUAACUAUUCAUCCUUCAGCAGAGUUAUCAGACAGCAGCGUGCCUUCAGUUGCAACAAGCAAAACGUCCAAACAAACCCAAUCAAAUAGAACAGUAGCUCCAAAGAGAGAGCAAGAGAAAAGGCAGGUCGCGAAUUAUCCAAGACCAAGAACAUCAGAUUCUAUCAGGAGGAACA